UUGAGCUUGAGCUAGAAAAUAGCGACCGAAUCGCAAAUCGCAAUGUUACCAAGCUUAGCUUUACAUUUCAGACGAUUAUAUAACACCUUCUGUACCGAUUCUACCCCUGCACUAUUUAUUCCCUCACGCGAAAUUUACUCCAGAUUGCUACGGUUCUUCUCCUGCAAGUUUCUUCUUCCAAAGUAUUUGUCUUCUCCUCUUUGUUAAUCUCGGUGCGAGGUAACUAGGAGAUCUUCUCCACGGCGUCGCAGACUUCCUCCACCCCACAGCCGGCUUCAUCUGCGGUGAAUGAUGGAUUCACCUCUGCAGCAGGAUCCUGUUCCACAAUGGUCCAGUCCCAGCCGGCGAGUUCUUCUCAGGUGCAGAGCUUCACCUUGCCGCUGCAACACUCUGCUCCGAUGGUGUCUUCUUUUUCGCCGAACACCGCUGCCGACACUUAUUCUCUAUUCAGUUCACUGCCGCUCCAGUUUCCUUGGCAGCCAGUCAGUUCUCCUAUCUCCCCGGCAAGCACUCACCUACAGCCGCAGACGCAGUCCGCCUCCUCUUUCUCUGGACCAUCGUUUGCAGGCUUCCCAGGUGUUACAAGGCCGCAACACACCAAUCCGUUGUUUGGAUCCCCUUUGGCAGCCAUGGCUCAAACUAUUUCUCAUGGAAUUGCCAAUGUCGGACAGAUUGUGACAAUCAAGCUUAAAGCUGUUGAAGACUAUCUCACGUGGCGUACUCAGUUUGAAUCGUUACUGGUGUCUCAAGGCCUUUUUGGUAUUUUAGACGGCUCUAUUCAGAUAUUCUUCAUCCACGCCUCAUGGAAGCGGAACAAACUCUUCUACAUCAGCAACAAGACGAUGCUGUCUCCAUUCAGCCGGCUUUUGGGGCUCACGUAGAUGCCGGGCAGCAAGGUCAUGUGGCCGCAUACCGCGGCAGAGGCGGCCGCGGAAGAGGCGGCCGAGGUAGAGGAUACCGCGGAAGGGGCCGUCAUCAGCCCCACCAGUCCUAUGGUCCACCGGCAGCUCCGACACAGUUUCCACAGCCCGGGCCGAGACCUACACCUGCAGGGGGUGUGCCUUUUCCGAGACCAAAUGGUGCAUCUGGUUUUUCAUCAGCUGAGGGUAUUCUAGGGUCUGUUCCACCUCCAGUUGUGUGUCAGAUUUGUUUUUCUGCAGGUCAUUCCGCUCUUCAAUGUCCAUCUCAUUUCUCUCAGCCUUCUGCACCAGCUCUCGUGGCUCCCACUGGGGAAACUAACGAUGCUUUGUGGUACCCCGAUUCUGGUGCUUCUGCUCACAUGACCUCUUCGGAAGGACAAAAUUUCGGGGGCGGUUCUGCUUCGGGCACAUCAUAAUGGACAUCUCUACCCCAUCUGCCUCAGCCCAUCUGCACCUCUAGCAUUAGCUUCUACUAUUACUCCUGGCCCUGUGUGGCAUCGUAGAUUAGGGCAUUGUGGUGAAAACAUUUUACGCAUGUUGCGUACUAAAAAUAUUAUUUCUAGUUCUAGUUUUGAACAUGACUGUGUUUCUUGCCGCUUAGGCAAAUCUCAGCGAUUACCUUUUUCAGAUGUUAGUCAUAAUUCUUCUUUUCCUUUACAAUUAAUUCAUUCUGAUGUAUGGCAGUCUCCUGUUUUGUCAAACCUUGGUUUUAAAUAUUAUGUCUGCUUCAUUGAUGAUUUUUCUCGCUUUACAUGGCUAUAUCCGAUGCGUACAAAACAUGAAGUUUUCAGUCACUUUCGUGUGUUCAAGGCUGUAGUGGAGAACUUGUUUAAUUC